AUGAUAUUUUUUUUUCUUUUUUACUUAAACUCAUAUUUCGACAUAUUCCUUUUUUUGUUCACUUGCAUCUAUCUUUUUCCUCUUUCUCUUUCUUUAGGCAUUGUUCACUUAUAUCCAACAAUUUUUUAUUCCAUUUCCAUCCCUCCCUCCCUGUUCUCUUCUUUCUUUUCGCUUCCGACUGAUCAGAAAUUCUCCUCUCCAAUUGAACCUUGCCCAAAUCAAUACGAGUCGCCAAAGAUGAACUGGCAAGUCAAAAUUCUUUGUCUUCUGUUGCUUUGUCUUCUGCCCCUAUCCUCGUCUGUUCUUUUGUCGUCUGUCCAUUUGUAUUCUGUUACUUUGUCUUCUGUCUAUUUUGUCUUCUAUGCCUUUGUCUUCUGUCUCUUUUGUCUGCUGUCCUUUUAUCUUUUGUUACGUAUGUCUUCUGUCCAUUUGUCUUCUCUUACAUUGUCUUCUGACCAUUUUGUUUUUUGUUCCCUUGUCUUCUGUCUGUAUUGCCUUCUAUCCAUUUGUCUUCUAUUACUUUGUUUUCUGUCCCUUUUAAUUUCUGCUCUUUUGUCUUCUGUCCAUUUCGUCUUCUGUUCAUUUUCUCUUCUGUCCCCUUGUCUUUUGUCCCUUUUGUCUUUUUUUCUAUUUGUCUUCUGUCCAUCUUUCUUCUGUCCCUUUUAUCUUCUGUACCAUCAAGGUCAAAUUUUACAAGAUUUUUCUCAGUUUAUCUCCCAGAUUUUUUUACUCAUCAUAUACUUUUAA